AAGCGGCACCCGAAGGUCUCGAGCUACACAAAUUUGAGUCACGCAUGUGCACCAUGUAUCGUCAGCAGGGUCACCGCGAGCACUACUCGACUCCUUCCUUCCCCUUUAUAUUCAUUUGCUAAGCAAAGAAGAAAGGCCUCGUUUCAUCGGCUGCUUCCGUUCGUGACUUCGUAGGUUAACCCACCGGCAAGCUCUGUUGCAACUGUACUUUCUGUGAUAUCUCUUCAUUUACUAUGGCGGACGAGGAAGUUGCUGAUCAGAAGAAGUAUCUUGAAGAGGCUUGCAAGCCAAAAUGUGUAAGGCCACUUCUUCAAUAUCAGGCAUGUGUUAAGAGGAUUGAAGGUGAUGAAACAGGGAACAAGCACUGCACUGGACAAUAUUUUGAUUAUUGGCAGUGUGUUGACAAAUGCGUUGCGCCAAGGCUGUUUGCAAAACUGAAGUAACUGAAAUUUUUUUUUUGGGUAUAGUGCCUUCUGGUCUUCUUUUAGUAUUGUUAUUAUAAUUCGACUCCAGCAGCUGCUUCCAAACUUGAAUCUGCUGCUCUACUGGUUAUGCUUGUAUGGUACCUUUCCUCGUGAGCAUGCAUUUACAUGGGUCAUGAAUUAAUAUCAAUAAAAGAGGAUUUUUGGGGUUGAGAA